AGUCAGCAGAUAAGCAGAGAGCCCUAGAAGAAACCAAAGCCUAUACCACCCAAUCCUUAGCAAGUGUUGCCUAUCUGAUAAACACCUUGGCCAACAAUGUCCUGCAGAUGCUGGAUAUCCAGGCAUCCCAGCUACGAAGGAUGGAAUCUUCAAUCAAUCAUAUUUCACAAGCAAAUUAGAGGCGUUGAUCUUGAGUCGACUGUGAAAAAAUUUGGAAACAAUUGCGAUUUGAGAUUGAAUGAAACAGUUGAUAUUCAUAAAGAGAAAGUUGCAAGAAGAGAAAUUGGUAUUUUGACUACCAAUAAAAACACUUCAAGGACGCAUAAGAUUAUUGCUCCAGCCAACCUUGAACGACCAGUUCGUUAUAUUAGAAAACCUAUUGACUAUACAAUUCUAGAUGAUAUUGGACAUGGAGUAAAGGUGAGUACCCAGAACAUGAAGAUGGGUGGGCUGCCGCGUACCACACCUCCAACUCAGAAGCCCCCUAGUCCCCCUAUGUCAGGGAAAGGGACACUUGGGCGGCACUCCCCCUAUCGCACACUGGAGCCAGUGCGUCCUCCAGUGGUACCAAAUGAUUACGUACCUAGCCCAACCCGUAAUAUGGCUCCCUCGCAGCAGAGCCCUGUGAGGACAGCUUCUGUGAAUCAAAGAAAUCGAACUUACAGCAGCAGUGGGAGUAGUGGAGGGAGCCACCCAAGUAGUCGGAGCAGCAGUCGAGAGAACAGUGGAAGUGGUAGUGUGGGGGUUCCUAUUGCUGUUCCUACUCCAUCUCCUCCCAGUGUCUUUCCAGGUCAUCCUGUACAGUUUUACAGCAUGAAUAGGCCUGCCUCUCGCCAUACUCCCCCAACAAUAGGGGGCUCGUUGCCCUAUAGACGCCCUCCUUCCAUCACUUCACAAACAAGCCUUCAGAAUCAGAUGAAUGGAGGACCUUUUUAUAGCCAGAAUCCAGUUUCAGAUGCGCCACCUCCACCGCCUCCUGUGGAAGAACCAGUCUUUGAUGAGUCUCCCCCACCUCCUCCCCCUCCAGAAGAUUACGAAGAGGAGGAAGCUGCUGUGGUUGAGUAUAGUGAUCCUUAUGCUGAAGAGGACCCGCCGUGGGCUCCACGUUCUUACUUGGAAAAGGUUGUGGCAAUUUAUGACUAUACAAAAGACAAGGAAGAUGAGCUGUCCUUUCAGGAAGGAGCCAUUAUUUAUGUCAUCAAGAAGAAUGACGAUGGUUGGUAUGAGGGAGUUAUGAAUGGAGUGACUGGGCUUUUUCCUGGGAAUUAUGUUGAGUCUAUCAUGCAUUAUUCUGAGUAAAGCUCGGCAGGGCUGUGCUUGCCUCACAGAAAUAGUCAGGUCUUCCCAGAUUAUCUGAAGGCCCUGGGGAUUCCACUCCAGUAAAGUAGAAUGAAGGAUACAAAUGAUAAAAAUUACACUUUCUUUUGGUUUAUCCCCCAGUAUUAAAAACAAAAAAAGCAAGCUGAGUCUGAACAAACGGAUCUUUCUGCUGUCAUUUGUACAAUGCUGAGCUGUCUGGAUUGAAAUAAAAUAACCAUUUUUGUAUAUGUCAAAGGUAUAACAAUAUAACUGUGUAGCCAAAACAAAAUCAGAUUAAGACUGAUUCAGAAAAAUCUGGGAUCUUUCUCAGGAAUGCUGUAUACCCUUGGGAUUUCUCCUCCUGCAGAAUUUGUGGCAUUGGAUGUUCUUCAUUGCCUGUGCUAAGGGGUUAACCUCAUGGCCCAGUGGGUACCCUAGCUCCUCCUUUUCUUCCACUUGCAUGAAGAGGAGGGAACCAAUAUUUAAAUACCACACUUAACCAUUUUUACAAUUAUUUCAGAUGGCUUUUUCCUCUGUAACACUGUAAAUUCUGCAUUCUCUCAGCACUUGAGUGCACCAGAUGAGUGAAUGCUGAACUCACUUGCAUCCCUUCAUGUUUCUCAGUUUGUGGAUUAUGAGGAUGAUGAAAUGUGAAAGUCUCCCAGCACUCUGAGGGUAGUGAAUGAUUGCCACCCGUUUGAUUUUAAUGUGCUGCUGCAUGAGACUGUAUUGUUGCUAAUGGCCAGUGUACCCAGAUGUGAAGUGUGGUAUUCUGGUUCAUGUGUGGAGAUGGGUAUGUGAAGCUAGACAUGAAGGUCCCUAAGGUUCUGAAGAGACUUGAACUGUGGAAAUGCUCUUAGCAGGCAUCCUGAACCCCUGCCUUCGGUGUUGUUUUGAGGAGUAGGAUCUUGGAGUUCAGACCAACUGACUAUCAUUUCUUUCACUAUUUAGAAAAACGCUAUUCUACUUUGGAAGAGAAUAGUAGUUAUUUUCAAGUCUCUUGACAGUCACUGGGAGUAAAAGGUUUGCUAGUGUGCUCUCUGGAUGUUACUAAUGGCCAGUAUUAGUUGCUGCUGUAUCAUUGACUCGCUUAGCUGUAGAAAAGGUAAUUCUCUCCUGAUUUUGUAUGAUUGGACUCUUAAGUAGCUGCUGUUAGUCAGAAUUCAAACCCAUCUCAGACUAAGAAUAUAAUGAGUAAGAUUAAUAGGCCGAAAUACGUAUCUAAUCACAUUGCUAAAAAUUAAUAUAACUUUGACAGAGUAAAAUACAUUUCCCCCAUCUAUACAAUAAAUACAGCUUCAAAUUCAAUGGAGUCUAUAGGGCACAUGGCUUUAAUCACUACUGUAGUCAGUAUAAGAAAUAUUGAAAAAAAUCCAGGAGGGCUUGUCUCUAUAGGUGGUCUCUGUGACGGUGGGCCAGCUCCUGUUCAGGUCCAGAGCUCGUGACAUGGGUUCUACUCAGUCCCAGUGACUUGGCCAGAAUAGAGCUUUGCCAGGUAACUGCCCUGUGCUAGGUGAAAGGGGAAAAGCAAUAGCUGGAUAUAUUUCAAAUGAGGUCUUGAACAAAUUCAGAAAGAGUAACUUGAUUGAAAAAUGAACAAGUGUAGUGUGAGGAAAUUCAAAUAGUGUAGGAGGCAGAAGGUAAUAUUCCACUUAUAAAUGUUAUCUGAGCAUAAAAAAUCAUCAGCCUUUAACUGAGACCCCGCUAACACUCUCCUUAUCAAGACUUUUUGGUUUUAAAGUUUUUAACGCAUUGCAAGUUAAAAUAGCUAUUUUGCUUUUAGAUUUUUCCCAGCACUUUGUAUUCAUUAGCUUUCAUUAACUUGCCUCCAGUAUACAUUCCACUUCAUGCUUUUCUUAGGUCAUUUCUACAUCCCUUAUUCCUUGUUUUCCUGCAGUGUAAUGGCCCUGAAUGUCCUCUGAGCCCUUAGCUCCAUUUUGGACCCAAACUAGACUAUACUUAGAUAAGUUAAGCUCUUCUUAGUGUACUGGUCUAUAAUUAGAAAAACUGUUUUGAAAUUAGAUGUUCCCAUUAUUUAUUUAAACAGCUUUUUGCUGAGAAAGCUUAGUGGAUUAAUGAGGCAGAGGGUGUUUUGAAAUCCAACAAAUAGUUCCCACAGGCUGGGCGUGGUGGCUCACGCCUGUAAUCCUAGCACUUUGGGAGGCUGAGGCGGGUGGAUCAUGAGGUCAAUAAAUCGAGACCAUCCUAGCCAACAUGGGGAAACUCUGUCUCUACUAAAAAUACAAAAAUUAGCUGGGUGUGGUGGUGCACACCUGUAGUCCCAGGUGGCUGAGGUAGGAGAAUCGCUUGAACCCGGGAGACAGAGGUUGCAGUGAGCCAAGAUUGUGCCACUGCACUCCAGCCUGGUGACAGAGCGAGACUCCAUCCAAAAAAAAAAAAAAAGAAAGUUCCCACAGCUCACCACUACAGAAGCAGAGAAGACAACUAUGCAAAAAACAGAGUUGGUGGCAGUCAGCAGGAAUGCAGCUGGUCUGUUGGACCCCUGCUGGAUGGGGGGAGUGCAGAAGACACUGACGAAGUCCUUUAUACUGAAGACCUGCGGUUGGGAGCAGGGGGAGUCCAUGGGUCUGCUGAUUUUUUUUCCCUAUUUAGUACUAAUGUGUGUGUGAUCUUUGUUUUACAAACAAUACCUUUUGGGUUUUCUGCAUAUUUUAAAAUUUUUGUACAGUUUUGAAUUCUAUAGAUUGUCUUGGAAGGAUACUGUGUGAUGGGCCAGGUGCACAGUAAUUGGAGACUUUUGAUGUAUGUAGUAUUUCAUAGAUUGCAUGCUAUUAAUCGUCUGUGAGGGUAGUAGUUUUUGUUUUAUUGUAAGUUUCCCUCUUUUUUUAAUAAAUUAAAAGAUGGUAUUAGGAAUUUUAAAUGAAUGCAGAAAAUCUUACAUGCUGUGUACUAUUAAUAUACAAUCCAAGUCUAAAAUCUGACCAAUAAAGCAACCAUUUUAUCAGGAUAGAGGGAAUCUAAUGGGAGAGGGGAAUCUUCUCUCCUGAAGUUUGUGUGUCCAAUCCCCUUAAAAAAAAAAAAAAAGUUGUCUUUUUAUUUUGUCAUAUUAAUACUCGAAAGUCCAUGGGGAUAUUAAUGAAAAUACACUUUGUUGCCUUUGACCUUAUGGCCAAGGCAGUAAAUCAGAAACAGAAAUAGUGCCAACGUGUCAAAAUCUGAUUCAGCCUGCCGUUUGGAAUAAAUAUGAAUCUUCUAAGGUAUCUUGUUUAAUAUUUUCCAUCAUUUAGCUACUUCCUUUCAAUCUCCCUCAGAGGCGCCUGCUGUUCCCAUUUUAGAGUUGACAAUGGCCUGCUAAUUUAGCUAUGUUCCUAAAUGUUACUGGGUGUGAGACAUUUUCAUCCCCUUUUUCCUACUGCUGGUGUUCAUUAUCCGGCUAGAGAAUAUUUUAUGCAUCUUUACCAUGAUGUCUGGACUGUAUCUGCGCUCCUUGGCAGUUUAUGUUGAAGAUAAAGAUAACUAAAGAUUUUUCUUUGGGAGGGAGGCAUCAAAAUGAUGGUAGUUUGCUUUUAUCUUAUGUUCAUUUUCUUUUAGUAGGUGACAUUUCUGCAUUAAGAACUGUUUUUAUCUUUUACUACCUUUUCUUUUCUCCUUUGUGGAGAGAGCAUGACAUGUCCUGAAGGUCACCUUUGCCUUUGAAAAAGGUAUUUUUGGAGGAAUUCGCAGGUGACUGACAAGCCUUUGAAAAGAAUGGGAUCUGUUCACUUCUGGUCUUUUUGGCCAGGAACUCCUGAUUGGUGUUAAGGUGACAGUUUCCCCCAUAUGAUCUAGAAUCACUGAAUUUGAGCUAGAUCAGAUUUUUAAAUUUCUGGUUGUCUCAUUAGACUGAUGAGGUGAGUUUUCUUCUUCAUAGGAACAGCUAGUUAAGAAUUCUUACUCAGUGCUCAGUACUGUUUUCCACUGCACCACAACUGUCUUAACUAAAUGUGCUAUAUUUUUCUUUAAAAGAGUUCUAUUUGAUGUUUUCAGGAAUAUACUUGAAAAGACAUGCCAUGUUUUGGUAAAUACCAUCAGAGUUGUGUAAAGGCGUGUACUAAGCACAACCUUAAUUCGUGGAAAUACUCUUCAUUUAUCCCUCCUAAAACUACACUCAGUGUAAACACUUUUCCCAUAAGGUGUGUGCAGUAAAAAUGUCAUAUUAAUUCAACACUGGCAGGAGCACGGCACAGCAGCCUUAUUGGAGAGAGCCUUAUAAAAGUGAUUAAAUGGAGGCAUCGAGCUCAUUACCUUUAAGUUUACUUUGUGCUGACCUUUGUUCCUGUUUUAUUGAGACUCUCGUAAGUCUAAAAAAAAAAAUUACAAAACGACAGGGCCUAGCUGUGUAUAAACGAUCCUUGCUGAAUAUCAAGGUUUUUUUGUUAAAAAAAAAAACAAAAAACAAAAAACCCAAAAAAAAAAAACCAACAAAAAAAGCUUAUUUUCACAUUAAAAUGAAACCUCUUUUGCAAGUUAAGAGUUCUAUGGAAAAGCAGUUUUUAUCAUAUUUUGUGUCCAUGCACCAUAUUUCUUAAAAUGGCUUACAAAACAGAAUGUAAACAAUUUGUGAUCUGGCCAGUUGUACUUUUAGCUUCCAGAGGGAGAGUUGGUGGUAUUAGGAGUUGAGUAAAAACCAUCCAGGGGAACUUGAGGGAGCAGUCUGUUGCCAGUAAUGUUCCUUGUGUGCCAUUAAACACCUCCAGAUGAGCGGAGGAACAUCACUUUUUAAUUUUUUAAUUGUAUUUGGAAUUGUUGCCGUGUACUAAGAACUUGACGUAAAUAAAAUCCCACAAAGUAUA